AUGGGCAACACAUCAGGAAGCACUGUGGAUGACCUGCAGGCAGUGGAAAUGCACCUCUGGUACAAGAAGUUCAUGACUGAGUGCCCCUCAGGGCAGCUCACUCUGCACGAGUUCAAACAGUUUUUUGGGCUUCGAGGACUGGACCCAGAGGCCAACGCUUACAUAGAGCAGAUGUUUCGCACCUUUGACAUGAACAAGGACGGAACCAUAGACUUCAUGGAGUAUGUGGCAGCCCUGAGUCUGGUGAUGAGAGGGAAGAUGGAGCACAAGCUGCGCUGGUACUUUAAACUUUAUGAUGUGGAUGGCAAUGGCUGCAUUGACCGACAUGAGCUUCUCAACAUCAUCAAGGCCAUUCGAGCAAUCAAUGGGAAUGAGAGUCAGGAAACAAGUGCUGAGGAAUUCACCAACCGUGUGUUUGACAGGAUUGAUAUAAAUGGAGAUGGUGAGCUCUCCUUGGAGGAGUUUGUUGCCGGUGCACGCAGUGAUGAAGAGUUUAUGGAUGUGAUGAUGAAAAGCUUGGACCUCGCCCACAUUGUGGCCAUGAUCCACAACAGGAGGCAUAGCAUUUAGGAUCUGGAUGGUCCUACUACCUCAUCUUUUAAUUAAGAUCUUAACCAGAGCUACAGCCCCUCUGGUAAAUGGUCAUUUACAGCAUUUUUCUAUGGUCAUGUUAAAUUUAAUGAUGCCACCGCACUACAAACAUGGACAUUUCUUUUUUAUGACCUUUAAGUUUGACACAUAUGCACUUUAAAUGUGUUGGGAUGACUCAGUCAGCCUUCACAAACUGUUCAUUGUCCUGGUUUAAUGAUGCUGAGCUCUCCCAAGGCCACCUUGGCAUGAGGGAUGAUCUCUCAGACGGUCCACUUAUCCUCAGAUACCCUGCGGGAUAAAGGAGGGAGAUAGGAAUAGAGUGGCAAUUACAUGCACUCUGCUAUGCUUUCCAAAUCUUCCUCUUUUUUUUUUGACUCCCUCUGAAAUAAAAUUACUCAGUCUGUUUACCCAUUCCUGCCUAGCGGGUUCACAGGAGGAGCUAUGAGCCUCCAGUUUGUUUAACAUCUGUGCUAAUUUGAUGAAGUCAGUGUCUGUAACACAGAAACAGGUGGAUUUCACUUUAAAAAUAUUUGCUCAGUGAUGGAACAAACACCCCAGAUAACAUUUGUAAAGAGAUGCAGAAAACAAUGUUUAUAUUUUUUAUUUUGUGCACCUUUUCUUACCAGGGGAAUCAAAGUGGCUCUUGGUUUUAUAGCAUUUUGUAUGUCAAACAGAUUAGUCACUUAUUUAAACAGCAUGUGUGUGGGUGUUGGCUCUGGCUGAAUGGUUUGCUGUUUGUUCAGUAUUGAUACAGAUAUAGAUCACCUUCUCAUGUUGCUUAAUCGCUUGCUGUGCUCGAUUGGUGCCUUUUGUAAGAUUUCUGAAUGUGUUCAUUAAGCUUUUUGCUUAUUUGUACAGUAAACAUGAACAGUUAAAAUCCCCUAUGAAAUGUUUCACUUCAGUGUACCUCAUCAGAAUAUUGAAAUUCUGAAGGAAUUAAUAAAGUUCAUGUCAUUGUAUAAA